AUACACUAGAAGAAUGGUCAAAGAGGCAGACAGGAACCAUAAAAAAAAAGAGGCAGGCAGGAAGCAGAAGAACUCAAAAGAAGCUCCACUCUGCCCCGCUGUCACAAACAGAUCUCUUUCUUUCUAUCUGUGGAGUGUGAAGGUUCUCCCUUGCCUCCGUCGUCCCUCUCCACUCUCCUGCAGAAUAAUCCCUUUCCAUCACCCGGAUUCGCCUCUGCCAGCUCCUUGUUAACGGUUAACCACAACUCGAGUCCUUGCUCCGUCUGCUGUGCAUCUAAAAAGUUCCACUCCGAAUUGGGCCCCUAUCCCUCCUGAGACAGACCACCACAGCCCGUGCGUAUCCCCGUGUGCCCGAGGCCCUCUGACCUCAUAUCCGGUCAACCAUACGCCUCGUUACUACACGUUCCUGAGGUGUUUGUAUCUUAGUGUCUGCAACACGAUUUCUCUCCGGGUUAGGCUUGAAUUCUUUUUCAAUGGUUGGGAAGUUGAUUAGCGUCUUCAUAUAAGUUGAUUUCUGCAAUGCACCGCGUAGCGAGUGUAGGUAAUACUUCCAACUCAAGUAGGCCUCGGAAGGAGAAGAGGCUGACUUAUGUACUGAAUGAUGCAGAUGAUACUAAGCACUGCGCUGGUGUGAAUUGCUUGGCAGUAUCAAACUCAGUUGUGCCCGAUAAGCGUGACUACAUAUUUACUGGGAGUCGUGAUGGCACAUUAAAAAGAUGGACUUUGGCUGAAGAUGGUGCCACGUGCUCUGCAACGUUUGAGUCCCAUGUUGAUUGGGUAAAUGAUGCUGUUCUAACAGGUGGUAACACAUUAGUGUCAUGCUCCUCGGACACUACAGUCAAGGUAUGGAAUAGCUUGUCUGAUGGGACUUGUGCUGGGACACUUCGUCAGCAUUCUGAUUAUGUCACAUGCCUUGCUGCAGCAGAAGAAAAUAAAAACAUUUUCGCCUCUGCUGGUCUUGGUGGAGAAGUUUUUGUAUGGGAUCUUGAAGCAGCACUCGCUCCCAUCUCUAAGAUAAUUGAUGGUAAUGAAGAUGAAUGUUCUAAUGGUGUCACGGGUUCAGGAAUUUCUUUACCCGUUACAAGUCUCCGACCUACUAGCUCAAGCAACAAUAUUUCAUCACAUACUACUCAGUCCCAAGGGUAUGUUCCUACUGCUGCAAAAGGGCACAAGGAGUCAGUUUAUGCAUUAGCUAUGAAUGAGACAGGGACCCUACUUGUGUCUGGUGGAACUGAGAAGGUUAUACGUGUUUGGGAUCCAAGAACGGGAUCAAAGACUAUGAAACUUAGAGGACAUACAGAUAAUAUUAGAGCACUGCUUCUGGAUUCUACUGGCAGGUUCUGCCUAUCAGGAUCGUCAGAUUCCAUGAUCAGACUAUGGGAUCUUGGCCAACAGAGAUGUGUGCAUUCCUAUGCUGUGCACACAGAUUCUGUUUGGGCACUUGCUAGCACUCCAACAUUUAGUCACGUCUACAGUGGUGGAAGAGACCUAUCUUUAUACUUGACAGACCUGGCAACACGAGAGAGUGUACUACUUUAUACAAAGGAACACCCAAUUGUGCAAUUGGCAUUGCAUGAUGAUGGUAUUUGGGUUGCAACAACUGAUUCUUCUGUACAUAGAUGGCCAGCAGAAGUGCACAAUCCUCUGAAAGUUUUUCAAAUAGGAGGUUCAUUCUUGGCGGGAAAUUUGUCAUUUUCUAGAGCAAGGAUUUCGUUGGAGGGAUCGACACCUGUGCCUGUUUAUAGAGAACCGUCAUGUAGUAUUCCCGGGACUCCAGGAAUAGUUAAGCAUGAAAUUCUAAACAACAGAAGACAUGUCCUUACAAAGGAUACUUCUGGCGCUGUGAAAUUGUGGGAAAUCACCAGGGGCACUGUGAUUGAAAACUUUGGUGAGGUUUCGUUCGAGAAGAAGAAAGAAGAACUUUUUGAGAUGGUAAGCAUACCUGCGUGGUUUACCGUGGAUACGAGACUUGGAAGCUUGUCUGUACAUUUGGAUACACCACAAUGUUUCUCUGCUGAGAUGUACUCUGUGGACCUUAACAUUGCUGGGAAGCCCGAGGAUGACAAAGUAUUUACUAGGAUUUUUAUUAACUUGGCGCGGGAAACCCUUAAAGGUCUUUUGGUUCAUUGGUUAACCAAAAGAAAGCAGAGAUUUGGAUCCUCGGUGUCAGGAAAUGGGGAAGUCCUGCCUGGGAAAGACAUCUCUACUAGGAAUUUAGCUGUAUCAAGAGUUGAGGCAGAUAGUAACACAGAUAAUGAUUCUGUUGUUUAUCCACCGUUUGAGUUUUCAGCACUUUCCCCUCCAUCUAUCAUUACGGAGGGCUCUCUAGGCGGGCCAUGGAGAAAGAAAAUUACAGACUUAGAUGGAAUGACAGAUGAGAAGGACUUCCCGUGGUGGGUCCUGGACUGUGUGUUGAACAAUCGCCUUCCUCCGAGGGAAAAUACCAAAUGCAGCUUUUAUUUGCAUCCAUGUGAAGGUUCUAGUGUUCAAAUACAUACUCAAGGAAAACUGAGUGCCCCACGUAUCUUGAGAGUUCAUAAAGUUAUCAACUAUGUCAUUGAAAAGAUAGUUCUCGAUAAGCCGCAACUGGAUAUCUUGAAUUCAGAUGGAACUUUUGUUUCUGGAGGAUCUGGCCCAGCUGUUGGAGGAGAUGUAGUCUUCAGGGCAGGCCUUAAGCCUUUUCAAAAGCUUAAGCCUUGUAUUGAGAUAUUGUGCAACAACCAGGUAUUAUCUCCUGACAUGAGCUUAGCCACAGUUCGGGCUUAUAUAUGGAAGAAACCUGAAGACCUUGUUCUCAAUUAUCGGAUAGCUCCAAGCAGGUGACUCAGGGUACUCUGGUCUCAGAUUGCAGUUACACUCCAGAAGCAUAAUUGCAUUGAAAGUACAACUUGUUGAAGCUCUUUAAAAUCUCGAUUCCCUGUACCGGAAAUGAUAAUUCUUUCCAUUGUUAUGUUCUCACGUAAGAGCAAUGCCUUGGACUGCCAGUGAAAGUUGUAAAGAAGCUCAUUGAAACUUUUAAGCUUCAAAGCUCUAUGUUGUGAUGGAUGCUUAUCCUUUGGACAUGUUAGGAGCUCACUCUUCGAAGAACAAUGCUUUUCGGGCUGGAUCUGACGGUCAGAUUGCAUGGGGCCUUGAUAUUCACUCCAUCUUCAUGAUCAGUUUAGUUGUUAAAAUAAGAUCAUGUGAAUAAAGUUACUUUGAAUGUUUAUAUCUAAGAAUUUGUUUGGUUAAGAGUUAUUUGAGUGAAAUAAUUGAUUCAUUAAAUAUUUUGGAAGCAAACUGUUGGUAAGAUUUAGUUUAGCAAAAUCAAAAGUUACUUGGGUUAUUGAUACAUAAAAUGAUUUUGCAUGUUCUGUAUUCGUCUCGUGUAUAUAUUGCUUAUCAAAAGUUACUUAGGUUGUUGAUACAUAAUGUUUUUCAAAGUCAAUUACCCGUG